GCGCCAUCGUGCGACCCGACCACAAUGUUCACCUGUGUCAGAGAAGUACUAGCACAGGUGACCAGAGGAGAACUGGAGUGUAACUGUCCCGUACCCUGCAGUAUGACCAAGUACAGCACGUCUGUGUCCUACGCAGGCUGGCCAAACAAAUUGACAGAAGAACACAUAUCCACAGCAUACGGCAUAGACCCAGCCUACAUGGCAGAAAACGGCGUUGUCUUCAGCGUGUACUACGAGGAACUGAAUUACCAGAAAAUUAGGCAGCUGAAAGCCAUGGACGGAGGGCAGCUUGCAAGUAACAUAGGAGGUAUGAUGGGCCUGUUUAUAGGAGCCAGUGUGUUGUCUCUCCUGGAGGUGUGGGAGUACCUGUGGCAGCGCGUAAAGGGGCUUCUGAGGAGGAGCCGCCGUCCGCCUGUGGAUGACGAUAAAUCCGCUGCAUACGACCUGGAAAAGGGCACAGCUUUUAACAACACAGCUUUCAACAAAUAAAUCUUAUGAAUCUAAACUCAACUCCAUUUUAUAGAGAAACCCAUUCUAGUCUUCCUUUACUCCAGCCAUUCUCAUGUUCGAAGGACGUAUAUGAUGUUUCAGACUCGUAACAAUACGCAUAUAUACUGACUAAUAGGUCGUAAAAAACUAAAGAAUGUUGACGAAAGUAAAUUCUGCUAGUGUUUGUUUUCAUUAGGCCGAUGUUUAUUUGAUUGUGUGAAUGACAUCAUAUGGGAACCCCAAAACUGAUGCGAGUGUGCGAACAAAAUGUUUGGCAAAAAAGUAUUGAGCUACCUACUUA